AAGACCUCCCUGAUUCAGCCUCCGCUUUCCCCACCGCAGCCCACUUCCCUCGCCAAUCUUCUAUCCUAACUGCCUUUAUUGCUAUCGUUUCUGUAUAUUCAAUUGUCAUAAAACCAUCUCCACUAUUCCAAUACACCCUCCUCCGCAACCAUAUCCUCCUCAACCCCCUUCCCUUCUCCAAAUCCCCUGUACAUAUUAAGCCGAACCCAGGAAAAAAGAUCAAUCAGAUCUCAAUAAUUUCAAGGGAUAUAUCCCUGUUAUCUUGUAGUGUAUGUUAAUUAGGGGACAGAGUUAGAGAUUCUGCUUUCCAUAUUUUCAGAUUUAGUUGUAGAAGGAAAUACAAAGAGUUGUGGCUAUGUUUAACACGCCAUUCGUCCUCUCAUUUGCUCUCCUCCUUUCUUUUCCUCUCCUCUUCCUCCUCGCCCCUCGCAUUCUUCCUCCCAAACACGUUCAAAUCUCCCUCCCCGACGAGCUCGACGACCUCGCUCUCUUCCGCCGCGCCUCUCUCGCCUCCUUGCACCUCGCCAACGACAACCACCACUAUCCUCGCCUUCCCCGCCACCACAUCCGCCUUGGCUCCACCAACCCGUCCUUAGCCAAGCCCAAGAUCGCCUUCCUUUUCCUCACCAACUCCGACCUCCAUUUCGCCCCUCUCUGGGAGAAAUUCUUUGCCAACCACUCCUCCAACCUCUACAAUAUCUACAUCCACGCCGAUCCAUCCGUGAAAAUAAAUCCUCCCGGAGGCGUCUUCGAAGGCCGAUUCAUCCCCGCUAAGAAAACCGAACGCGCUUCCCCCACCCUCAUCGCCGCCGCCCGUCGCCUCCUCGCCACCGCCCUCCUCGACGACCCUUUGAACUUCUACUUCGCCUUAAUCUCCCAGCAUUGCAUCCCGCUCCACUCCUUCGACUUUGUGUACCACUCGCUCUUCACCAAGCCACUCUCCGAGUCAUCUCGGUCAUCCGAGUCGGCACCGACUCUGUCCCUCAUCUACCGCAGUUAUAUCGAGAUAUUAUCGGACGAGCCGCAGUUAUGGGACAGGUACGUCGCCAGAGGGGAAGACGUGAUGCAUCCGGAAGUGCCUUUUGAUCGGUUCCGGAUCGGGUCUCAGUUCUUUAUCUUGAACCGGGAACAUGCAUUGUUGGUUAUCAGGGAGAGGAGGUUAUGGAGAAAGUUUAGGUUGCCUUGCUUGAAUAUACAUUCUUGCUACCCGGAGGAGCAUUACUUUCCGACCCUUUUGUCCAUGGAGGAUCCGGAUGGGGCCACACAUUAUAGUAUUAUACUCUUACUCGGGUCAACUGGACCGGGAGUACGGAUGGGCACCCGCAUACCUACCGACCCGUUGAGGUGUCACCGCAGCUUAUUCAGGAGCUCCGGGUUUCAAAUUCUACUUAUUCGUUUAUGUUUGCGAGGAAAUUUUCUCCGGAUUGCUUGAAACCAUUGUUGGACAUGGCGGAGAAGGUCAUCUUUCGUGACUAGUUCCAGUCGGGUGGCAAGUGGUGGAGUAAUUUUUUUUUUUUUUUUUUUUUUUGUGUUGGGGAAAUGUAAAAAUAAACACCGAGUGCCGACCAAAGACCUAAUCCAGACAAGGCGUCCGGAUUGGAUUGGGGGAGUUGGUUUCUGGUGUGGCUGUACAGAUGUGGUGGAAUGGAAUGCUUUCUAGUGCAAUGUACUCGGUAGUAAAGAGUUUCCCACGCUGGGCUGGGGAAGAGAGUAUGGAAUGUGCUCAUUAGGGAGCGGCUUUCUGAGCUUAG